AGUUACCCGUGCAUUUUUCAUGUCUUGCUUUUGUCAGCCAUAACCGUCGCAACAUUUACUGUGACAUCUGUUCAUAUUUAUGUUAAAAAUCAUUUAAAAAUAAUUAAUCAUCGAAUAAGAUAACUAAAAUAAAAAUAAAACAGCGACACUAGUAAAAAAAGAGAAUUAGCGAAAUAAGUGACGGCUAGCGAGUGCCAAUUUGCCGCUACGAGCGUCGAAUGUCAGUUGGAUUUCGAAUAUUCAGCGAAUUACCACAUUAGCAACAACAAAAAGUAGGAAAAGAAGCGAAGUAGAAAAGCAACGAGCACUUGGAAACGAGCAAGAAUUCAACGAGUGAAUAAUUCCGCCGGAUCACCGCGCUCCGCGCAGCUGUUUAUACUCGUCUACUUCCCUGUGUCGUUACUUGAAAAGCCAUACACAACCGCUGCCAAAGAAGUAUAGUCGAGCUUAGUGAGUGAGUAAUCGUCGCAACGGAAAAAAAUCUUUAGUGAAACCCCCACGCUGAGGUGUUAAAAAACGAAAUAAUUCCUAUAGAAACAACCAUUAAGAAUAGGAAUACUUUAGUUAGCAAUUACACAAAACAAGGGAUAAAUUUCGGCAAACGAAUUGAAGAAGUGGUGACGAAAAAAAAUUUGUAAAGUAUCAGUAAGUGCCCUUUCAAUUGCAGUCAAACAGCCAACGCAUACGAAAAACUAAAAAGAAACAAAAACACAAAAAAUAGCUCCACUACAUUGAAAAGUGCACACCACAGCCCUAAACGGCAAAAGUAAAGCAUUUAAAAGCCGCAAAGUUGGCCGCAGAAGACGUAGCUGUUAAAAUUAAACUUGCAUAGCUGCACAGCCGCAGAAGUGGACAAGUUCCAACAACUCCCACAAUGGAAUACAUUUCAGUUGGUCAAAGCGUUAAAAUUAAGCGCACAGAUGGUCGAGUGCAUGCCGCAGUAGUUUCGAAAAUUAACGAAUCUGGUAAAUCAAUUACCGUAGAAUGGUACGAACGCGGCGAAACUAAAGGCAAAGAAGUCGAAUUGGAUGCGAUACUCUCAUUGAAUCCGGAAAUUCUGCAAGAACCUGAACCAGAACAAAAUACCGCUCCUGAACCGAAGAAGCAAGCGACUGCACCAAUUAACCUCGCGCGCAAUGCCACCCAAGGAGCCAUUGGACACCGCACCAACCGAGCAACUAUCAAUGCCACCAGUCUGCUCUCUUCAUCUGCUGUUUCAGAACAUUCUGAAAAUAUACCACCACCACCGACAACGGGUAUAGUCCGCUCGCGCACUACUAACAAUGCCACAAGGCUGGCCUCAGCAGCCGGUAGUGGUGGUGGCAGCGGUGGCGGUGGUGGCAUUGCAAUGAGCACUAGCGCCGGAAAUUCAUCAUCUAUAGCAUCCAGCUCGGUGGCAGGUAAUGUGGGCGCACGUCGUUCCUAUGUUGUCAAAGAAGUUGAACGACUGAAGGAGAAUCGUGAAAAACGGCGUGCACGCCAAGCUGAAAUCAAAGAGGAAAAGAAUGCGCUCAUGAAUCAGGAUCCGGGCAAUCCCAAUUGGGAAACUGCCCAAAUGAUUCGUGAAUACCAGAGUACUUUAGAAUUUAAUCCACUUGUCGAUGGGCAAAUAUACGAGGAUCAUCAAAUAACGGUGUGUGUACGUAAGCGCCCACUAAGUCGCAAGGAGAUUACACGUAAAGAAAUCGAUGUUAUUUCGGUGCCGCGUAAGGACACGCUCAUUGUGCAUGAGCCACGCAACAAAGUCGAUUUGACGAAAUUCCUGGAAAAUCACAAAUUCCGUUUCGAUUACGCAUUCGAUGAUCGCUGCGACAAUGCCAUGGUCUACAAGUACACUGCUAAACCUUUAGUGCAGACAAUUUUCGAUGGUGGCAUGGCGACGUGUUUCGCCUACGGCCAAACGGGCUCGGGCAAGACACAUACCAUGGGCGGUGAGUUCAAUGGCAAAGUGCAGGACUGUAAGAAUGGUAUUUAUGCAAUGGCAGCACGCGAUGUUUUCACUUAUUUGAAAAGUCCGCGUUAUCGCGCGCUCAAUCUGGUUGUAUCCGCUAGCUUUUUUGAGAUCUACAGUGGCAAGGUCUUUGAUUUACUCUCCGACAAACAAAAAUUGCGCGUACUCGAAGAUGGCAAACAGCAAGUGCAAGUCGUCGGUCUGACUGAGAAAGUGGUCGAUAGCGUCGAGGAAGUACUCAAAAUUAUACAGCUUGGCAAUACGGCGCGUACCUCCGGACAAACGUCGGCCAACUCGAAUUCAUCGCGUUCGCAUGCUGUUUUCCAGAUUGUCUUGCGUCCGCCUGGUUCAACCAAAAUACAUGGUAAAUUCUCAUUUAUCGAUUUGGCUGGCAAUGAGCGUGGUGCUGACACAUCUUCGGCCAAUCGUCAGACACGUAUGGAGGGCGCUGAAAUUAAUAAGUCAUUGCUUGCGCUCAAGGAGUGCAUCCGCGCUUUGGGUAAACAGUCGGCACAUUUGCCAUUCCGUGUUUCGAAAUUGACACAAGUAUUGCGUGAUUCAUUUAUUGGUGAGAAGAGCAAGACGUGCAUGAUUGCGAUGAUAUCGCCGGGUUUAAGUUCAUGCGAACAUACACUAAAUACGCUGCGCUAUGCGGAUCGUGUCAAGGAGCUUGUGGUUAAGGAUAUGCCUGAUAUGAUGCGUGAGGGUGAUGGUGAGCAUGCCAUUAUGGAGGAGGACGAAGAUCAAAUGGUCGUACAGAAUAAUCGUUCGCAUAAUCAUAAUAUGAACAAUAACAAUAACAACAAUAAAAACAAUGGACAGAUGUCGGAGAACGAUUUGGCGUUGUUGCGAUCACUGAGUGAGCACGAUAUGUCUGAUGAGUUGCUUGUGCAACACGCAGCCAUUUCCGAUUUGCAACAAACCGAAGAAAUGGUAGUGGAUCAGCAUAGAAUAGUCAAUGAGUUUUUGUCACAAUUUUUGCCUGAGUCGCUGCGACUCUAUGAUCUAACCAAUUAUGUUGAUUACGAUCAGGACGCGUAUUGCAAACAGGGCGAGGCGCUUUUCACACAACUUGCAGAAUUGGCCAGCGGCUGUCGAGAUUUGAUGGCUGAUUUCCGUGCUAAAAUGGCCAAGGAGGAGAUGUUGUCAUGCACCGUUAAACCGACCAUCGGCAAACGCUAAGCAUUGAUAUUGAAUGCAAAUGUGUGACAAAAAAAAAAAAGAAAACAAACUGAUAUGCACAGUAUACAAUUAAAGCAACAACAAAAACAACCACAUAUAUGUAUUUGAAGAUAUUAAUAUACACGUAAAUGAAGACACUAGAAAACCUGCAAGCACAGGCAUAGCAGUGCUAAAUGGUUAACAGAGAAAAAGCAGAAUUAAGCAGAAAUUAUGAUGUUGAGCAACAACAAUAAGCAACAUGUAGACACAAAAUAAGCAGCAAAAAUACUCCCUUCAAAAACUAACGCACCCACAAUGUGAAUAAAAAAGCAAAAAAAAAAAAUUGUUAUCG